AUAGCUUUCAUGUUUUGGUAUUAUCUGUGUUUCACAACGGCGUUGCAUCAGUUAUCUAUACUCGAAUAAGUAAUAUAAUACGAUGGAAUCUUUUUAUCAAGUUUGAUCCACAGAUCUCACUAGGUCGUAGAUUCUCAGACCAAGACCCAAUUUGGGGGCCUGGUCAUCACAUGGUAUCAUCACAUAAGAGCCCUAAACUAGCGACCUAGCCAGUAUCUAACCUCUUAAAACUCUUGAGCGUACUUAGGAGCCGCCAAAAUUCGAAACCUGCUCCGCCCUGCUGGUUUCCUUGGAGUUGGAUUGGUAUCCCCAGGCUCGUUUGAAGUUGGUACAACUGGGUUUAUGUUUUCCCAAAUCAGUAAAUAUGCUUGGAACCCUAUUAGUGGAUAAAGUCUACUGGAAACCUCAUGCCAAGGAAGAUAAUAGCAAUGUUACUCAUCAACCCUGCAUAACCCCACGCACAAAAUAACGGCGUCGCAUGUCUUGAGCUCGCGUCGCCGAUCGCUGCCAAGACAAUGAACAUAUUAAAAGCGACAUUACUGAGGGUUCGGUGAAGAUGAGCAAAUGUAUUCGGACACCCUUCGCUGUGCGAAAAAGGCUACCAAGGAAAUUAGAAAGAAAUAUCUCUCCCAUUCAGGAUGGCAUCUCUCUGCUAGGUACACCUUGUUACGUAGACCCCAACACAUGCGACCGCGACUAUCAAUACUUAGCACAGGGCUUCCCGAAAAUGCCUUACACCCUAUAAGCGGUGAGGCCCUUGUCCAAAUCCUGAAGAAUCUCUCAUGUACUGAGUAUUGUAAAGAUCCUACAUGAAGCGAAUGCAAGCUUGCACCAGUGUACUGUUUAUAGAAGUGAACUAACUGUGUAUAACUUAGGGUAG